AUGAGGUUGUUUAGUGUAUAAAAUUGGAGAUUUUUAUAUUUUAUUUUGGGAAGGAGGUUAGAUAAUUAUAACUUAUUAUAAUAAAUUAACGCAAAAAGAACUGGAUUUAUAUAUGUUAGUGAAUACAAGUCCGAAAAAUUUAGAACAUUCAGGGGGGGGGGUUUGGGACAUUUACCUUAAAUAGUAGAACAUAUCUCACAUAGUAGUAAGAAUAAUUUAUCAAAUUAUCAUGAUAAAUUCGACUAUGAAAGAGUAAAUAUAUUGAAAAAGUAUUUUUGGAUUUAUUUAAUAUUCUCGAUCGAUAUCCUAUUAACAUCGCAAUUUUCAUUAUAUUUAUGGACACCCUAAAGGAUACUUAUUCAAAAGGUUUUUUUAGUAUAAGAUAGAGAAAGAAUAUUAGAAAUUUUUGCUUCCUGUUUAGCUAUAGACGUAAACAUUUAAUUAAAUUCUAGUUGGAUGUUUCUGCAUGAGAUUAAACCAC